CCUAAAUUCUCUUUUUUUCAAAAUCAUGAAGAAUGGAGCGAAACGUUUCUCGGCAUCGGACGCGGCGCCGGCCGCCAAGGAUUCCGCCUUUCGAAAUAAGAGAUUAAUGGUAGGAUCCCCAUUUGAUGCUCAAAGAGCAGAACCAUCUCAACCACAGUUACCUACAACAACACCGCUGGAUCCACAGCGUGCUGAGUUGUCUCGACAGCAUGUGAGAGCUCUCAAUCACCAAUUUGCAAGUUGGGUGCAAUUACAACUGAAGAACUAUCCUGAUGAACUUUGGGAAGAUGGUGUUCGAGACUAUCUUGCCCAUGCUUCAAACAUUAUGGAGAAGUUCAGUGACGUUGUCAAUUGGCUCAAAACUAAUGCUGUAAAAGAAGGGAGCUCGACUGCUGCUGCUGCUGCUGCACAUCAUAGUAUACAGAAUAAAUUGGCACCUGAAGUUAAGAAUAAUGAGAUAAAAUUGUUUGCAGGGAACUCAGGGAACAUGGGCUUUACUGCCUUUGGCUCAGCGUCAACAUUUUCUUCAAGCAGUUUGAAUAUGAGCUUUGUUCCAACUCCCUUUGCGUCAGGCAAUAUGGGUGGUACAACUACAGUUUUUAAUUCAGGAAGUACAAAUGGCAAUGCAGGUGGUACAACUACAGUCUUCACUUCAGGAAGUACAAAUAUGAGCCUUAAUACAAAGGGUACAACUACAACUACAAGCUUUAGUGGUGCUGGUAUGACAAGCAGCUUUUCUCCGGCUAGUACAACUAUUGGCUUUGCAACUUCAUGGGGCACUGGAGCAUUCUCUAGCAGUACUUCUGUCUCUUUUGGUAAUCAGGGCUUAGUUUCUGCAAACAAUAAUGCAUCAGCUGAUCCCGAUGAUGCUUUUCUCUGUUUGCUUCUCUGCUUCAAAAAUGUUCUAAUUGAAAUCGAUCAGUUAACUGACUUCUCUGUUUGUCUUUGGAACUUGCACAUAGGAUAUACUUGGGGUUCUUCCCUUUUCCCUUCUUCCAUAAGAAUAGAAAGGAAGAAGAUGGGUCUUCUACUUCUAGUGGUGCUUUUACUAGACAUGAUCUGAAUAACUCUAGCUUUUACUCAACAAAAAUGAAUUCUUUCUUAAAAUUAACAACCCAUUUCCUUUCUUUCUUUGAAGUUCUAUAAAACUAUUGCCCCAUAAUUGCUAUUUCAUUUUCACCUGUUAACUUGCUAGAUAAAGAAGAAAACAUUAUAUGCUAGUAUGUGUUUAAUAACAAGAGUCAUCUUUCUAUACCUGCCAACUUGGCUGUUCCUUGUUGAAACAAUAAAAUUAUCAUUUGCUAGUUCUUAGUUCGGAGUCUGGUAGAUCAGCCUCUGAGCUUACUUCCCCUUGUUUGUAUCUUGUUCCAAUAAGAGUGCUAGGAGCUCAUUCUUUUGCAUGCAUAUGUGUCAUCUGAUAACAUAAUGAUGAAUGCUAUUUUGAGUUUCAGAGGAUGAGUUGCCACAACCUGGCAGCCCAUCAGUAAAGAAGUCUGAAGAGAAGGGUAUUAUUGUGGUUCAUGAAGUGAAAUGUAAGCUUUAUGUCAAGUCGGAUGAUACAGCAGAUAAAGAUUCAUGGAAAGAUAAAGGCCCAGGACAGCUUUCAAUAAAAUGCAAAGAGGGUGUUAGCAAGGGAUCAAAAGAUUCCAAACCAACAAUUGUUGUUAGAAAUGAUGUUGGAAAGGUAUUGCUUAAUGCUUUGCUGUAUCCAGGAAUUAAGACAAGCGGACAGAAGAACUCACUUGUUGUGAUAUUUCAUACUUUGGAUGAUAGUGGCAAUAAUGAUGAUGUCGUGGCACGUACCUUCUUAAUUAGAACAAAAACAGAGGAGGACCGGAACAAUCUGGCAACAGCAAUCCAAGAACAUGCCCCUGCAUCUUAAAACCACCUAUAGGUGACAAUUUUUAUUUCUGAGCUGCAACUAAUACAAUGUAAUCUUUUUAUUUUUAUUUUUUGGGCUUCAAAUAGAUGUAAUCUUGUAAGAGUGGAUAUUUCUCGGAUGUUUAUCCCUGAAGUUUUACCAGGGUCGGCAUUUUAGUUUCAACAUUUGCCUUAUGUUGUGGCUUCAAAGCAACGGGAGUCAAUUCUCAGAAGUCAGGCUCAAAUGAGAUCAUUGUAAUUGUAGAGUACUUGUACCAUAAAGCAUAACGUUAAUGCCACAAUUU